AUGUCAGGACGCGGUAAAGGUGGUAAAGGAUUGGGAAAAGGAGGAGCAAAACGACAUCGUAAAAUCCUUCGUGACAAUAUUCAAGGGAUUACCAAGCCUGCUAUUCGUCGGUUGGCUAGACGAGGAGGAGUAAAGCGCAUCUCGGGACUGAUCUACGAAGAAACACGAGGAGUACUCAAAGUAUUUCUCGAAAAUGUUAUCCGUGACGCGGUCACCUACACCGAACACGCCAAGCGCAAGACUGUCACCGCCAUGGAUGUAGUUUACGCUUUGAAACGACAAGGACGUACGCUGUACGGAUUCGGUGGCUAG